AUGGGCCCGCACCCGUGCGCCCAGUGCGGCAAGGGGUUCGCCACUAAGAACUACCUCAGUCGUCACGUGCUGACGCACUCAGGAGUCGUACUGGGGGUUGUGUGCGACAAGCGCUACCUCACCAGCUCCCACCUGGCCGACCACAUGCGCACCCACUCGACCUCCUGCGACAGCCUCUGCGACGUGUGCGGCAAGCGGUUCCGACACCCCAAACAGCUGCGUGUGCACGCCAUGCUCCACAAGGGGUUGAAGCCGUACGCGUGCGACCAGUGCAGCUACUCGGCCGCCUACCUGUCGGGCCUGCUGCGGCACCGGCAGACACACGCGGCGCAGCGGCCGCACGCCUGCCCCGGCAUGCGCGCCCUCUCCGACCAGCUGUUCGCCGAGGCGGCUGCCGUCGUGUUCGACGCUGCCGACGCCGGCAGCAUGGUGCUUGACGAGCGCGUGCCCAUGGUCGGCGUCGAGAUGGAGCUCAACGACCAGUAG